CAGUCCAUCAGCAUGCCUGUGGCGUCGACGCGUCACCAACCCUAGGUGCGACGACAGCUGCAGCUCGCCCACGCAGCGCAACCUCCCGACCGUAGUAUCCUUCCAACACCAAGUGAUUUCCAGACGCUCGUUGUUGAUGCUGAGGCGUCGAUCGGCCCCACCGGACCGUUUCCAAGCGCGUGACACACCGCUUUUCGUCAGCUCGCAGCUUCAACCGCGGAAGAUCACUUUCACCACGCGGCCUGCAAUGAGCUUCCUCCCGGUGCUCCUCUCGGUGGCAGCCAUCCUUGCGCCUCCUCUCUCGAGCGCAACAACCACCGAGGCGCCCAACCUCUCGGGCGACGAGCGCGAUGAGCUCUCGCGCGACUUGACGCGCUGGCAAAAGAAGUUUGGCAACGAUGACCACGUGCGCACGGCCAUGGGCUUGGUGCGAGGGACCUUGACGACCGACGAUCUUCUUUGGCGAUUGAAGGCGGCCAAGGAUGAGCUUCCGACGCUUCGUGCAGCCAACCCGUACGCCACCUUUAGCCACUUGACCAAGUUUGCGCUGCUCACCGACAUCGAGUUUGCGCAGUUCGCGUCAUCGCCAUCGCCGGUGCCACCACCGGUAGCUCUCCCAGCGGCCGCCACUUUGAAUCGCAGUGCUGUCGGCGGCAUCGUCGUGAGCGUGGUCGACUGGACCAAGCAGUCAGUUUGUGUCGCGCCAGCGAAAUGGAUCGGCAAGUGUCGAAGCGAUUGGGCGAUUAUGGCGGCGGCGGCCGUGUCGUCGGCGCACUGUCUCGCAACCGGCGAAGCCAUCAAUCUCUCGGUACAGCAAGUGCUCAGCUGCACGUAUAUGGGCGGCUCGGAGAGCUGCUCGGGCCCUGGGACCCCAUUCGAUGGCAUGCAGUGGCUCGUCCGGCAGUCCAGCGCCUUGUGCACUGGGUCGGCGAUCCCAUACACCUCGGGCCACUCGGGCGUCGCGCCGUUUUGCAGCGACAACGCCGAGUGCGCCGGGUCGAUUUCUCUCCAGGUCGGCGUGGCCGUGGAAGCGCGUGGCGAGGCCGCGCUCGAGAAGCAGCUCCAGAAGCAGCCUGUCGUGGCGUACGCGACGACCAACAACUACGUGUGGCGGCAAUAUACUGGCGGUCUCCUCUCGUGGUGCCCGAGCGGCCGCCUCGACCAAGCCGUCCUCGUCGUGGGCUUCGGCACCGAGGAUUUUGGCUUCUCGCUGCCACCCACUCGCUUCUUCAAGGUCCGCAACGCGUGGGGCCCCGACUGGGGCGAGAACGGCGACAUUCGGCUCGCGCGCGGUCCCGGCGCCGGCGACUUUAGCCCGUGCAACAUCACAUCGUACUUCACCUACCCGACGCUCCAGCUUUAAAGUGCAAC